AUGCCACCACCAAAAUCUAAGAAACUCACGGCGCAGCCCGUGCGAACGCGCCAAUUCGCUGGCAAGCCAACAGCAGCACCUGAACCCGAAGAACGGUCGAGCUCGGAAUCAGAAUCGGAAGAGGAGCAGCCAAAGCCAAAACCAUUUGCAAAGCCAAAGCCCGCGCCAAUCGCAUCGUCGUUUCCUAAAUCAGCGCUCAAAUCCAAACUUGCAUCGCGACAAAAAUCUGAGGCGGAGCGCAAGGCGAUAGAAGAUGAGUUCGAGACAGAAAGCGAGGAAGAAGAGGAAGAGGAUGGCAGCGGGAGCGAGAGUGGUAGCGGCAGUGAUGACGAAUCAUCUGAGGAAGAGUCAAGUAGCGAGGACGAAGCACCGAAGAAACUGCUGCGACCAGUGUUUCUCAAGAAGAACGAACGGAACAAAGUGGCGCCUGUCAAAUCAGCAGAGGACAUAGCAGCAGAAGAGGAGGCACGGCGACAGGAGCAGAACAGAGCGCUGGUACAAGAGCAGGUUGAGCAGCGCAUAGCAGAGAAGGCAGCGGGCAAGAAAGACUGGGACGACGACGUCGAAGAGGCCGACAUCAACGCCAUUGACGACACUGACGGUGUUGAUCCCGAUGCCGAGUAUGCCGCCUGGAAACUUCGCGAACUCAAGCGCAUCAAACGCGAACGCCUCGCGAUCGAAGAAGCCGAAGCUGAGCGUGCAGAGAUCGAGCGCCGUCGCAACCUCUCCGCCGCCGAACGCGAAGCCGAAGACCGCGCUCAUAUCGAGAAACAACAAGAAGAAAAGGGCGAUCGCGGGCAGAUGCAGUAUAUGCAAAAGUACUUUCACAAGGGUGCUUUCUUUACAGAUGAGCUAAAGGAACUGGGAGUAGAUCGACGGAAUCUGAUGAAUGCGCGCUUCGAGGAUGAGACAAAUCGAGAGAUCCUGCCUGAGUACAUGCAGAUCAGGGACAUGACAAAACUAGGCAAAAAGGGUCGGACAAGGUACAGGGACAUGAAGACUGAGGAUACAGGCAAAUGGGGUGACUUUGGUGAUGACCGGCCGCGAAGAGACAAGGGCGACUUCGGCGUGGAUGAGAGAUUCAGGCCUGAUGCUCAUGGCGGGAGAGACCGGGAUAGGGAGGGUCCUUCAGGUGCAAACGCAAAACCGCUUGGUGAGAGGAAGAGAUUCGGAGAUGACCACGAUCGGGACAGCAAGCGACCGAAGAUGGAAGAACGGGCUUGA